AUGUCCGACACGAAACAUAUAGUGAUCGUGGGUGGAGGGAUUAUCGGCUGCACCACCGCAUACUAUCUCGCAACACACCCCCUCACGGCCAACACAUCCACAACCAUCACCCUCAUCGAAGCAUCGAAGCACGGCCUCGCGCAAGGCGCUUCAGGAAAGGCGGGAGGCCUCGUCGCGAAGUGGGCAUAUCCCAAGGAGCUCGUCGACGUCUCGUUCAAGGAGCACGUACGACUCGCGGAGGAGCACGAUGGUGCGGCGCGCUGGGGCUGGCGGUUCGUGAACUGCGGGAGCUGGGAAGGACGCGGUGAGCCCUUCGAUCACUCUGGCUCUGCAUCUGGCGCGGACGGCAGGCACAAGCGCAAGAGCCUCGAGAAGACCCUCGGGCUCGACUCGAACUCGGAUACGGACGCGGCGGCCGUGGGGGAGAGCGGACACCCGGAUGACUUGAACUGGGUCAAGCCCUCGCUCACCGACGCCUACUCGCCCAUGGCCCCCGCCGGCGCGACCGCGCAGGUCCACCCGUACCUCUUCACCACAAGCAUCUUCGCCCUCGCGCAGGAGAAGGGCGCGCGGCUCGUCGCGGGCAAGGCCACGGAGAUCGCCAUCGACGCCUCCGUGCCCGGAGGCCCGCGCGUCACCGGGGUCACCUACACCCCCACCGACGCACCCGACGCGCCGCCGCGGACGAUCCCCGCGACGCACGUCGUGCUCGCCGCGGGCGCGUGGUCCCCGCGCAUCCUCCCCGCGCUGCCCGUCGCCGGCACGCGCGCGCACAGCAUCACCCUCCGCCCCCCGGAGGGCACGCGCGUCGCCCCGUACGUGCUCUUCACCGAGAUCGCGCUCCCCCCGGGCGUCGCGCCGGGGGGCCCGCGCCGCGCGAGCCCCGAGAUCUACGCGCGCCCGACGGACGAGGUGUACUGCUGCGGCCCGGGCGACGACGCGGCGGUGCCGGACACGGUGGACGACGUCGCGGUCGACGCGGGCGCGUGCGAGAGCAUCUGGGAACACGUCAUGAGCAUCUCACCGGUGCUCCGCGCGGGGACGGUCGACAAGCGGCAGGCGUGCUUCCUGCCUGUGGUGGAAGCUGGUGGGGGGCCGAUCGUCGGGGCGGCGGACAAGAUCGCAAAGGGGCUCGUGGUUGCGACGGGACAUACUUGUUGGGGUAUCUGCAAUGCGCCCGGCACGGCAAAAGCUGUUGCGGAGCUCGUCUUGACCGGUACAGUAAAAUGCGCGAAGCUCGAUAGACUAAAACCAUCGCGGUUCCUCUGA